AUGAGUACCUUGCAUGCUGGUUCGCUCCUGGUCAUUGUCUUGCUUGUGUACGUUAUCUUUAGGUGGCUCCAGUCAAGAGACUUGCGACUGCCCCCUGGUCCAAGAAAGCUUCCGCUGAUUGGCAACCUUCUUGACAUGCCUAGCGGUCGAGACUGGUUGACUUACGCAAAGUGGUGCCGUCAAUACGAUUCCGACAUUAUCCAUCUUAGCGUAGCCGGCCAAUCCGUCGUUGUGCUCAACUCCGCAGAGCUAGCGAGCGACCUCCUCGAAAAAAAAUCGUCAAUAUAUUCUAGCCGGGUGCAGCUGACGAUGUUGCAUGAAUUGAUAGGGUGGAAUCACAGUUUUACGUUCAAACCAUACGACGCCGCUUGGAGGUCUCAGCGAAAGGUCUUCACCCAGACUGUGAAUCCUUCAGAUGCAGCCCAAUUUUUCCCUCACCAGAUCAAUGCAGCACACGAGUUUCUUCGACGCCUGCUCUCCUCUUCAAACCUCUUCCAUGAUAUACACCACUGGGCAGCUGUCAUGAUAAUGGAUAUCACAUAUGGCAUCCGCGGAGAGGCCGCCGAUCCGUAUAUUUCCACCGCCAUAGAGGCCCUCGAUGGUGUUGCCAGAGCGGCCACGCCUGGCGCUUUCUUGGUCGAUUACCUGCCUUUUCUCAAGUAUGUUCCCGGAUGGGUCCCAGGUGCUGGCUUCCAGCAAAAGGCAAAGAAAUGGAGCACGUCAAGGUACGAUAUGACUGAAAAGCCUUUUCAGGCUGCGAAGCGCCAGAUUGCUACGGGGGUUUAUACACCAUCCCUCAUCUCAUCGGCCCUGGCAAACAUGGAUUUGGCGCAGGAUAUUUCCAUUCAGGAGGAUGUGAUGAAGGGAGUUGCAGUCACUUGCUAUGGAGCGGGAUUCGACACCAUUGUCGCUACCUUGGCCGCCUUUAUCUUAGCGAUGCUCCUUCAUCCCGAAGUCCAAACCAGCGCACAGCAAGAGUUGGACAAGGUUUUGGGCGAAGGGGAUCUUCCAACUUUCAAUGACGAGCCCUCAUUGCCAUAUAUCACUGCAUUGGUCAAAGAAGUUCUGAGAUACAGCCCAGCCAUACCACUAGGUGUCCCACACUUAUCUGAGGAGGACGAUACACACGAUGGUUAUUGGAUUCCGAAGGGCUCGAUUGUAAUUGCAAACUCCUGGUCAAUGCUACAUAACGAAGAAACGUACCCGGAUCCCUCGUCGUUUAACCCAGCACGUUUCCUCACCACUGAUGGAAAACUGAACCCUGAAUGCAAGGACCCGGCGACGGCAGCAUUUGGAUUCGGUAGGAGAAUUUGUCCUGGGCGUCACUUCGCCAUAUCAGCGGUUUGGAUAGCGGUGGCGUCCAUAUUAGCGACCUAUAACAUCACGAAGGAUGUCGAUGCGGACGGAAAAGUGAUAGAACCGUCUGGAGAGUGGAGUCAUGGAUCGACGCUUUUCAAUCAUCCGUUGCCGUUCAAGUGCACAUUCACACCGCGAUCAAAGGCUGCAGAAGUGGCUAUUCGAGCGACCGGCGAAGACCCUUAG